AUGGCUGCCGCCGGGAAUCUCGUCUUCAACACGACCAAGGAGCUCGAGUCACGGUCGUCGUCUGAUCAAGAAUUGUCGUUCGAGACCGAGAUAAGAAACGAUGGCAAGGAUGCCACGGUCCUCCGCGACAGAGAGACAGGGAAUGUCGUCUAUCCGACAUUUGUGCCUCCCCACCCUGAGGACUGGCAGAACCAAACCAAGGGUGUCGGCUCUAGCGCAAGUGCCGGCAAGGAACCCGAGCCCCCAAAACCUGGCGAACAUCCGCCAAAGACGCAUUCCGACCCGCUCCAGCGAUUCUCGGGCGAUGACGAGUACUUCAGGCCUCGACCGCUCGGGGGACAGCGGGCGAUGACCGAAGCGAUACCUCCCCGGGAAGGCUCGCGCCGGUUCUCGGGAAUGCCCGGACGCCUGCAGCGAGCCGGCACAAACAUACCCGAUAUGCAGCGGGCGCUGUGGCGGGGUGACCAUGACGACUCUAGCAGUUCGUCUUCAUCCUCGGAGGACGAGGUGAGCCAGGCCCAGGAGGAAAAGAAGCAGAAGCGCGUCAAGAAGAAGCUGCAGAAACAAAAGAGCGACGACCCUUACAGAAAGUUCCGGGUGGGCAACGACAACUACCACACUAAGGGUAAAGUUAAGCGCGACGGUCGUCUGUCCAUCUCGGUGAACGAUACCAGCAGCACCGGGUACCUCGCAAAGGCGAUUGGGUCGGCAGUAAAGAAGGUCGUACCCAAAUCGAAGGAGACAACAUCGGAUAACGAAGAUGUCGAUGACUAUGUCUCGAGGCCUGCGGGCUCCAGGGCCUCGUCGGUGACUACAGUCGCAAUGGCUAAUGUGCCCUGUCCGAAACUCAACAUCGUCAUUAUGGUUAUUGGAUCCCGUGGAGAUGCUCAACCUUUCCUCAAGAUCGGUCAGGUUCUCAAGCAACAAUAUGGCCACCGAGUCCGUAUCGCUACCCACCCGGCCUUUAAAGAUUUUGUCGAAAAGGACUCGGGUCUUGAAUUUUUCUCUGUGGGAGGUGAUCCUUCGGAGUUGAUGGCCUUCAUGGUCAAGAACCCCGGUAUGAUACCCAAACUGGAGACAGUCAAGGCCGGAGACAUUGGUCGCAGGAGAGCAGCCAUGGCGGAGAUGUUUGAGGGCUUCUGGAGGGCUUGCAUCCACGCAACAGACGACCCCAAAGACCAGGAUAACCUGCGAUUGAUGGGUGAUAAACCUCCAUUCAUUGCGGAUGCAAUCAUUGCCAACCCUCCCAGUUUCGCACACUACCACAUCGCCGAAGCCCUGGGGAUUCCGCUGCAUCUCAUGUUCACUUUCCCAUACACUCCUACGCAGGCAUUCCCCCAUCCGCUCGCCAGCAUCAAAAAAUCCAAUGUUGACCCCGGUUACACGAACUUUAUAUCGUAUCCACUGGUUGAAAUGAUGGUUUGGCAAGGGCUGGGCGACCUGGUCAACGAUUUCCGAGUGAAGACACUGGGCUUGGAUCCAGUCUCGACUCUCUGGGCACCCGGAGCUACAUAUCGACUUCAUGUUCCCUUCACUUAUCUAUGGAGCCCUGGGCUGGUUCCCAAGCCUGAGGACUGGGGUGAUGAAAUUGACAUCUCGGGUUUUGUCUUCCUUGACCUUGCGUCUUCGUUCAAGCCACCGGACGACUUGGUCAAGUUUUUGGACGAUGGCGAUCCUCCAAUCUACAUUGGAUUUGGGUCUAUCGUGGUAGACGAUCCUGAUCGCUUCACGGAGAUGAUAUUCGAGGCUGUAAAGCAGGCAGGUGUGCGAGCCUUGGUUUCCAAAGGCUGGGGAAAGCUUGGUGGUGAAAACGUUCCCGACAACGUCUACAUGCUCGAGAAUACCCCUCACGAUUGGCUAUUCCCCCGCGUUUCUGCUUGUGUCAUACACGGCGGUGCCGGAACAACGGCUAUCUCGUUGAAAUGUGGGAAACCAACAAUGGUCGUGCCCUUCUUUGGCGAUCAACACUUUUGGGGUAGCAUGCUGGAGCGCUGCGGUGCCGGCCCCGAACCUGUGCCUUAUAAACGUCUCACUGCGGAGAAGCUUGCCGAGGGCAUUAAAUACUGCCUCAGCGAUGAAGCCAAGCAGGCUGCCACUGAGAUCGCUAGAGACAUAGAGAAAGAAGGCGACGGUGCCGAAAACGCAUGCAAAUCGUUUCAUAAGCAUCUGACGCUGCAAGGAACGCAUUCCAUGCGCUGCUGCGUCCUCGAGGACCGCGUGGCAAUCUGGCAUCUCAAGCACACCAAUAUACGCCUCAGCGCUAUUGCCGCGGAAGUCCUUGCCAGCAAGAAUGCACUGUCCUGGCGCAAACUCAAGCUUAUUCGCCACCGAGAGUGGAACGAUUUUGAGGGCCCCGGAGAACCUGUGACGGGCCUGGCUGGCUCUCUAGUUACCACGGUUGGUGAUGUGGUUGGAGGUGUGGGAAGUGUGCCGAUGCGCAUUGCAAAAAGCUCAAACAAAAGGAGAGAGCGUAAGGAGAAGAAGGAGAAGCGAAAAGCACGUCGCGAAGCGCGAGAAAAGGCCCAGGAGGCCAAUUGUCAGGACAUGGAGGCUGAGACUGAGAAGGACAAGAAGGAGGACUCUUCCAAGUCAAAACCAGCCCAACCAUCCGAGAAGCAGACGAAUUCUAGCGAAGAUACGUCCUCGAAGACGCUAGCUACCACUUCGGAUUCUAAAGAGGAGAAGCCAAAGACAGCGGGGAAGUUGGCUGAAAACGGCAACCAAAAUUCGGAUAACGACAAGGAUAAUGACAAGAACGGGGAUGAGCUUGAAGGUACCGAAGCUCAAGACCAUGCUCAACCUUCAAAGGAGCCUCCCUCACAGACACCAAAACGUGGUGCCAACCCUCAUCGGGAGAGCUACGCUAGUUCCUUGGCUACAACUGCCACCACGGACACCUCAGAAGAGCCCAGUCGAGCCCAUGAAUUUGCGCAGAACGUAGGGAAGGGUGUUGGCAAGUCGGCACACGCACUGGCACGGGCACCCGUCGACAUGUCGCUUGCAGUCGCCCAAGGCUUCCACAACGCCCCGCGUCUCUACGGAGAUGAUACUGUAAGGAGGCCCUUGCGUGUGACUGGCAUGCGGUCGGGACUGCGGGCGGCGCGACGCGAGUUUGGCUAUGGCGUUUACGACGCUUUCACCGGGGUUGUCCGCCUCCCUGUGCGUGGCGCUCGAGACUCGGGCGCCAAAGGCUUUGCAAAAGGUGUUGGCAUGGGUAUGAUGGGAUUCGUCCUCAAAAACUUUGCCGCCAUUGCCGGGCCUGGUGCGUACACGCUCAAGGGCGUAGCCAAGCAGUUGGAGAAGGGUCGAUCGCCUGUUAAACAUCUCCGCAGGGCUCGUAUAGUGCAGGCCCAUAGGGAGUGGCAGUCGCUAGACCGUGAAGGACAGCAGAAGCUUGCUGACCGCAUCCUCGAUGGAUGGAAAGUUUUGCAACGUCUUGCACGCGCGCUGGAGGAGGCGGAGCGCAAACAAUCCGGAGGUAUCCGAGGUCGCCUCUCUGCGAGACGUCGGCGCGGGAUUGGAGCUGCCUUCGAAAGCGUCGAAAUCGCUCAGCGCGCGCUCACCGGUAUUGAACAGGGCCAACUCGAGCAAGUUGUUGAGAAGGGGGCCCGACGCGAGAGUGACGGCCGUAGCAAGGUCGAACGCAAAGUCAAGAGGGAGAAGAAGAAACAAGUUGCCGAGCAUGCUGGCGAGAGGCGCAAGGAGGACGAGGAGAAUAGCAAGCGGGGAAGCACGGAGCAGUCCGCCGACGACCGUUCUCGCCGCUCCGGUGCCAAUGACCAAGAACAGGGUACAAGCGGGCAGAAGACGAAGAUUCCGGAAAACAACAAGACUGACAACGAUAGUGGCAAGUCCUUGGACGGAAAGGAAGACAAGAAAAAGGACAGCAACCACAUCGCCUUUGCUGAGGAUCCUCGUACUCGAGACGGUUCAGGAGAACUAGAAAAGCCUGCUGCCAGCAAGAUAGCCACCUAG